AGAGACAGACACAGAGACUCAAAGACUCCCAGCCUCCUCCCCCAGACAUGUCUGCUUAGCCCUGAGCAGCCCCAGCAGCCAGCCCCAGCAAGAAGCCGUCUCCAAGGUAUGACAGGAGUAUUUGACAGAAGGGUCCCCAAUAUCAGAUCCAGCGAUUUCCAGGCUCCUUUCCAGACGUCUGCAGCCAUGCACCAUCCGUCUCAGGAAUCUCCAACUUUACCCGAGUCCUCGGCUACGGAUUCCGACUAUUAUAGUCCAACGGGGGGAGCCCCGCAUGGCUAUUGCUCGCCUACCUCGGCUUCCUACGGCAAAGCGCUCAAUCCCUACCAGUACCAGUACCACGGCAUGAAUGGACCAGCUGGGAAUUAUCCUGCCAAAGCCUAUGCAGACUACAGCUACGCGAGUCCUUACCACCAGUACAGCGGGGCUUACAACCGGGUACAGAGCUCUUCAAACCAGCCAGAGAAAGAGGUGGCGGAGCCCGAGGUGCGAAUGGUGAAUGGCAAACCAAAGAAAGUUCGCAAACCCAGGACUAUUUAUUCUAGCUUCCAGCUGGCUGCGUUACAGAGGAGGUUUCAGAAAACUCAGUACCUAGCCCUGCCAGAAAGAGCUGAACUGGCUGCUUCUUUGGGACUGACACAGACACAGGUGAAAAUUUGGUUUCAGAAUAAAAGAUCCAAGAUCAAGAAGAUUAUGAAAAGCGGGGAAAUGCCUCCGGAGCACAGUCCCAGCUCCAGUGAUCCCAUGGCUUGCAACUCUCCACAGUCACCUGCGGUUUGGGAACCUCAGGGCUCUUCCAGAUCCCUCAGCCAUCAUCCUCAUGCUCCAAACUCCAACCCAUCCCCUGCAUCCAGCUACUUAGAAAACUCCGCUUCCUGGUAUUCCAGUGCUAACUCCCUCAAUUCCCACCUCCAGCCCCACGGCUCCCUACAACACCCGUUAGCGCUGGCCUCUGGGACAAUUUAUUAGACUAUUUUCCCCCUGGACUCCUGUGUUUUACUGUUAAGGAAUCAUAACGAAAGGAAUGCCUGUGGGGGAGUUUUAAAGGGAAGCAAAACAAAACAAAAUUAAAUGUGUAACGCUUGUGCAUGUAACUUAUUGCAUUUCAAAGGAGACCCUUUUUUACAGACGGACAAUUUUUGCUCAGCUGUGGACACUAUCAAUGGUGCCUUGAAAUCUAUGACCUCAACUUUUCCAGAGACUUUUUUUUCAAUGUUAUUUUAACCCUGUAAAUAAGUGUAGAUAGAGGGAUUAAACUGUAUAUUCUGAAUAAAUAAAAUUAUUUCGACCAUGAGAGACGUUUCCAAAACACCCCUUUUUCCAUUGCAAAGAGAAAAAAAAGAACAGAUUCCUUUGCUUGUCUUGUUUGUUGGCGAGAUAGAUUUGUUUAGGGCCCGAACCUGCGCCUCUAAGCAAGAGACUCCUUGCUUAGAGGCGCAAUCUCAUUGGAAGCACUACGGACUGUAAAGGUUUACAGAAUCUGGCCGUGUAGGUCCUCCUUGUAAAUCUAGAGCUGCCCGCUAGGGAAGCUUUCAUCUGGAGAAUGGGCUUUUCAAAGACAAUUUACUCUUUACCCCACAUUAUUUGCAAUUAAAAGAACCGUACAAAUUCUAACACUGGGAGAGAGAAAUCUCUCGGUAAAGCCCCUCUGAAUCCUUGGCUGAGAGCAAUUAGCCUUGAGAGCUCCGCACUCGUCAGUCGCUAGGGUAAUUAUACAAAUUACAUUUCCUUCAAAGGAGGCUUCUAAAUACGAGAAAAGGAUAAAACGAGGGCAAAACUCUCCUUGUGCCUAUUAAAAAGCUUGUGUCGGGUAGAGGCCAGCGGUACCCUCUGAAUAAGGGAUAUUGGAGGAACCUUUUUAACUGUGUUCAUGGAAAAGCCCAGACCUCCGAGCGAUCGUUAUCUUCUACAUAUUUAAAGUCUUACUGCAAUUAACGGUGACAAUUUUCAGAUAAGAGGCUGGAGAUCUGAUAAUGGGGCAGGAAAAAUGGCUUUCCCACAAUACACGGGACUGAUUCCAGUCGGGGGCAUUAGUGAUUGUAUUGUGUGAGCGGGAAGUGACUUCAAAAUGUGUGCUGUGC